CGCCGGAAGCUCCGCCGCACCGCGGAAGGGGCGCGUCCCAGCCUUCCACUCGGCUAUGUCUGCGAACAAUAUGUCGGACCCACGGAGGCCAAACAAAGUGUUGCGGUACAAGCCUCCGCCGAGCGAGUGUAACCCGGCCUUGGAUGAUCCGACGCCGGACUACAUGAACCUACUCGGCAUGAUCUUUAGCAUGUGCGGACUCAUGCUCAAGCUGAAGUGGUGUGCUUGGGUUGCCGUCUACUGCUCCUUCAUCAGCUUCGCCAAUUCCCGGAGUUCGGAGGAUACCAAACAGAUGAUGAGUAGCUUUAUGUUGUCCAUCUCGGCGGUGGUGAUGUCCUAUCUACAGAACCCUCAACCCAUGACGCCCCCUUGGUGAUGCCAGUCUUGAGGGGUCCCAUCCUGUGCCCCCUCUAUUUCCUCCCGGAUUGGCCUUCGACUGUUGUCUCGGGCUUCCCUGGCUGGGGUGGUCUCAGGUCUCUCUCUCAGCUGAAGGGAGGGAACCUGGUCCCUUCCCUGGACUCUCCCUCUGCUAGGAUGCAAGGAGACUAUCCUAGGCCUACCUACAUCCGUGUCCUUCUCCACCACCUGCUGCCUGUUGCCGAUGGAAAUGCGGUCUGUGUUUCUGGGCAACUUUUCCUGUUGAAAUAAGUUAAUAAAGUUUUGUGGUUUUUUUUUUUCCAUUCUAAA